AUGAGUAGGACGUGUGAGCUGAGUGAUACAGAUCACGUGGGAUUUCCUGAUCACGUGGUCGUAAAGGAAGGUGCCGAAUAUUGUCCUAUUAAGAACCCUUGCACAUCCAGUUCAUGUACCAACCUUCAAAUCUGCAAACCCGACUUCUCGUGGGACACCUUCGCCUGUUUUAACACGUGUGCUUCAUGCCCUGCUUACAAGAACUGUGUUCAAGAUCCUUUGACUCUUGCACUAAAGUGCUCUGGUUUAUCACCUGAUUGUUGUAUGGCACUCGGUAUGGAGGACGGAAGGAUAAACGACUCCGCCAUUACCGCUAGUAGCGUUUACGCAGCGUUUAACCAUGAUUCAUUUCAAGGAAGACUUAACAAUAAGCGGGAUAAAGGGCCUCAAGGAUAUCACGGAUCAGCGUGGAGUGCCAAAGUGAAUCAAGUGGGAGAGUAUUUGCAGGUGGAACUCGGUCUAGAGUGUUACAUCACCAAAGUAGCAACCCAGGGGAGGGACUACUUAUUUUCAGCAGUGGUUAAACAGUGGGUGAAGACUUACAGUCUUCAGUAUGGACUGGAUGGUGUCGCAUGGAACAAUUACACUACAGGCGGAGAGUUGAAGAUUUUUACAGGAAACACAGAUACCACAAGCAUAGUAACCAACACCCUUGCAGCUCCAUUCAAAGCUCGGUUCGUCAGAAUUGUUGUCCAAUCAUGGAGUCAACACAUUUCCAUGAGAGCAGAGCUGUAUGGAUGUCAGGCUUCAAAUUAAGGGGUCACAAACCCAACACAUGGUCUGUUAGAUGCAAACUGUAAACAAUAGUCCAAAAUAGGGACUUCACUAUUCUGAUUAUUUUUUGAUUUUAUUGCACUGGAA